GGGCGCUGCCGCCGCCGCCAUGAGCACGGGCCCGGGGCCGGAGCCGGGCCCUCAGGCAGCCCCGAGCCGGGCCCGGAGCCGCAGCCCCGCAGCCACGCCGACCCCGCCGACACCGGGCCUGCCGCCCCCGGCGGCCUCUUCGCCUGGCUGCGCGGGCGCUGCCUGGGUCGCGGGGCCGCCGUGGACCCGGCGCGGGACACGUUCGGCGCCAUGACCGGGCUGUACGGCGCCAUCCAGCCCGCCGACUCCGUGUCCCUCAGCACCCGCACGCACGGCGCCGUCUUCAACCUCGAGUACUCGCCCGACGGCUCCGUGCUGACCGUGGCCUGUGAACAGACUGAGGUCCUGCUCUUUGACCCAAUCUCUUCAAAGCACAUCAAGACUCUCUCUGAAGCUCACGAGGACUGUGUCAACAACAUCAGGUUCCUGGAUAACCGUCUGUUCGCCACGUGCUCCGACGACACCACCAUCGCGCUCUGGGACCUGAGGAAGCUCAACACCAAAGUGUGCACGCUGCACGGCCACACCAGCUGGGUGAAGAACAUCGAGUACGACACCAACACCAGGCUGCUGGUCACCUCGGGCUUCGAUGGCAACGUCAUCAUCUGGGACAUCAACAGGUGCACAGAGGAUGGAUGUCCCCACAAGAAGUUUUUUCACACCCGUUUUCUGAUGCGGAUGAGGCUGACACCAGACUGUUCCAAAAUGCUGAUCUCCACCUCCUCUGGUUACCUUCUGAUUUUGCACGACCUUGACCUAAACAAGUCUUUAGAGGUUGGCAGCUACCCCAUUUUACGGGCCAGGAGGAACACGUCGAGCUCAGACAUCACGUCGUCAGGCUCCUCUGGCCCUCGAGCUGUGGGCUCACCCUGCCACCAGAACAACUCAGGGCCGCCCUCUGAGAAAACCCUGUCACGGCCCUCCCAGCGAGAAGGGGGAUCACCUAGGAAUAGCCUUGAGGUGUUAACACCAGAGGUUCCUGGAGAGAGAGACCGUGGUAACUGCAUCACGUCGCUGCAGCUGCACCCCAAGGGCUGGGCCACGCUGCUGCGCUGCUCCAGCAACACAGAUGACCAGGAGUGGACUUGUGUCUAUGAAUUCCAGGAAGGAGCCCCGGUGCGGCCCGUGUCGCCGCGCUGCUCGCUGCGCCUGACGCACUGCAUCGAGGAGGCCAACGUGGGCCGGGGCUACAUCAAGGAGCUCUGCUUCAGCCCCGACGGCCGCAUGAUCUCGUCGCCGCACGGCUUCGGCAUCCGCCUGCUGGGCUUCGACGCGCACUGCAGCGAGCUGGUGGACUGCCUGCCGCGGGAGGCCAGCCCCCUGCGCGAGAUCCGCUCGCUCUACUCCCACAACGACGUGGUGCUCACCACCAAGUUCUCGCCCACGCACUGUCAGAUCGCCUCGGGGUGCCUUAGCGGACGCGUCUCCCUCUACCAGCCAAAGUUCUAGGCACAAAGUUCUCCCUCUACCAGCAGCCUCCCUGGAUGGACCUUGGAGGGCUUUCCUUCAGCUGAGUGGAAGUGUGCUCUCUCCAAAACCUCGGAGCCCAGAGGAGUCACAGCUGCCGUGCCCUCAGGAUGUGACCUGGAAGGAUUUUUCAGGCCAGCACCGCAUGGAUCUAGGUCCUGCAUCUGGGAGCCCACAGCCUGCCAGCAGACCUCUGCUCCUGCUGAUCCUGUGCCAUCGGGCUGCUGCCCUGCUGUGUUUGUACCCUGAUACUUGAUUGUUGCCUUCAGCACAAUUCCAGUGGGCUGUCUGGAGCAGCACAGAGGGGCAGUGUGCCCAGGUACCUCCUGUCCCACAGGAGCUGGACUGCCUCACCUCUGCUUCCUCUUCUGUUGCUGAAGCAACUCUGUGGUGAUUAGUAGAUAAUGGACUGCUUGUCUAUGUAAGCAACACGGUUAGUUACUCUCACCAAAAAGAAAAAAAAAAAAAAGGAAUUUUGCUUUCAUUUCUAUGUUAAUGUGGUUGUCAUUGGCUAGAAAAACGAGUCACGGUGUGGCUUAGGCUGGCAGGACCACUGGAGGUCACCCAGGCCCACCCCUGCACAGGCAGGCUCCCCUUGAGCCCACUCCUCUGCCAGCUGUCUAUUGCAGGGAGCUUUCCACAUCUGAAUCAUGGUAGCUUUUUGCUGAUGUUUGGAUAUUUCCUACCUGGCUGUUUUUCCACACACACCUGGCUGCACUCUGUCUGUGGGGGAAAUUCAUUUGGAUGUGUCCCUGGUAUCACCAGGUGAGCCUUUCCUCACAUGUGCUGUCAGUUUGGGAGGGGAUUAAAAGCAAACCUGCCAACAGUGGGGUCUGCCUGGAUCUAACCAGGCUUGUCAUCAGGUGUGGAACACUGUACUGCUCACCCUGGAGGGGAAGCUGCAUGGGGAGCAGCUGAGAUCACUUGGUUUGUUCAGCUUGGAGGAGUCUGAGAGGAGAUCUCCUGGUGCUCCUGAGCAUCCCCCUGUGGGGCAGUGGAGGGGCAGCUACUGAUCUCUUCACUGCUGUGACAAGGGACAGGAGCAGGGCACGGCUGGGGCUGGGACUGGGACUGGAGGAUUUGGGAUGGAGAUCAGGGAAGGUUCUGCUUCCCCAGAGGGUAACUGCUGGCACUGCCCAGGCUCCCCUUGGAAUGGGCACAGCCCCUGAGGCUGCCAGAGCUCCAGCAGAGCUUGGACAGCACUCCAGGGAUGCCCAGGGUGGGAUUGUCAGGGCUCUGGGCAGGGCAGGGGUGGCACUGCGUCAUCCUGUGGGUCCCUUCCAGCUCAGGGGAUCCUGUGGUCACACCCAGAGUAUGAAUGCCAGAUUUCAGCCCUCGAGUUAAUAGAGCUAACCUUGUAAAUGAACAGGUGUUGUACAUCCAUAUCAGUUCAUAACAUUCUCAUCACUUAUAUGUUCCAAGAUGAGGGUUUUUUAGUGUUUCACUGAAGUUUUGCAGACUAGUCACACUCAGUUCAGCAGGGAACUUUACCUGGAAAGACUGUCACCUACUGGUGUUCAGGUACACUCUCUGGCUCAGCAGAGCACACUUGUUCAAAGCUGACUCUUACAAAGCCUUUUGCAAAACGUAUUUGGGGAUAAAGACAACAUUUAUGGACGUGAGAGAGCUGGAAAGGUAAGCCUGAGGACCCUCCUGUAGCUUUGUAUUUAUGUGGGUAGUAUACCGUGGUGUUGGUGCAGAAAUCAUUGAAACUAAAGCCUCCUCUGCAUUAUGACAGAAGGAGAUCCCAAGUUUCUUCUUUUGGAGAAUUUCUUUGGUAAUGCAAAGCCUUCAGUUUUGUGUGUAGGGUAAUCUGAGGGCAAACAUCCCUUCUGCUGGCCCGAGCCUGCACUGGGGCAGGUGGGUCUGCCAGGUUGUGGAAGCCCUCAGGGCAUUCCCUUGGCUGUCCCUGGGAGGGCAGCGUGCAGGAAACAUGGGGACAAGCCUGGCAUGCAGGCUUUUCGUGCAAAGGAGGAGCUACAAGGUGUUUGUGUGGGCCAAGCUGUUUGGGGAAAAACACCCAGGUCCUGCCCAGGACUAAAGCAGCUUUUCCCCAGGCAUUUGCUGUCCCACUGCCAGGCUGCUGUUUUCUCACCUUAUUUAAUGUUUUAUUACACAUCAUGGAAGGGACUACAGGGACACUUGAAAGAACCUUGGGGUUCUCAUGGGCUUGCACAGUGAUUUUUUUGGAGGUGAAGGAGCACCCAGAGGGCCAAGGCAGUUCUUGGGUGGCUCUGUCUGUGUGUUUCCAAGGCUGUUUUUGUUUUCCUGUCAGAACCUCCUCAGACUGGUGGAUCCCUAGUGACUGUAACGCUAUGCCUGUGAAUAUGCACUGAGUGUUACCUUUUUAAUUCUACCUCAUGAUACGCUGUGUUUUACACCAGUAUUGUGCUGAGCUUUGGACACUCACCUUUCUGUACAGAGGACCAUGACCCCCAAGUGACAGAUGUGUGACAGAUGUGUCACCACCACUCCUUCAUAGCACCUGUGGUUGGCUGGCAGGCCCUGCCUGGCUCCAGGACCAGCAGCUCACCUGGUGGAGGGGUUUGGUCACCUUGAUGCUUUUGUAGCGUGUCCAGCAGAUGCAUAAAAUGACAGAAUCUGUACCUGUAUGCUGUAGAAAUGUUACUUAGUUUUUCUGAUGACAUUUGUAAUAAGUUUGAAUUAGAGUAAGUAGGUAGUCUUAGAUUUUGGUCAUUCGAUUGAUUACUCCUUUUCAACAAACUUGGAAGUUUUCCAUGAAGGCUUUACCAUGUUUUACCUGUGAAGGUCACUUCUCAGUGGCUUACAGCUGACAUGCCUCACAGUCAUGUGGUGGUGCAAGUGUUUUCAGUUCUCUCUCAGUAGCAUUACUGGAACAAUGAAAUUAUGUGUUGGUGAGCUUUGGGUUAUUUCUAGGUAGUCAAACAAAAAAAAAAAAGCUUAUCUUCUAGUUGUGUUUCAAAAACUGAAUGCUCGACCUUGAGAAGUGUACAAAACUGUGAAACAACUGUAGGGAACCAUUUCCAAGGGAGGAAGGAGUGCGCUGACGGCAGGGCGGGUGGCUCUGGAUGGAUUCACAGCGUGUCUCUGUGAGCCUUGUGGUGGUUUCGCACGGCGAGGUCCCCGCUGCCGGAGCCCGCGGGAGCCGGGCCGGGGCCGGUGCCGGUGCCGGUUCUGCUCCCGCAGUGCCCGCGCCGGGACGGCACCGCCGCGCCAUGGGGAUAGAGGACAAGCACAGCGGUGCCCACACACACACACACACAUUGUUUGCACUCGUGGAGUCUUGGGGUAAGGACAGCUCGAUGCCUACCACCAGAAUUAGAAUGUAAACAUCAGUUUUUUCGGGGAGGGUGGGAGGGGUCUUGGUUAAUUUAGUGGGCUUUGUUUCUGUUUGUUUGUGUUGUGGUUUUAAUUUGGGUAGCACUGAUGUGGAGAAGGUUCUAACAUCAUACAUGGGUCUGUUGCUCUAGGACAUAUAAACUGUUGGGGAAAAAAGAAAUACACUUGCCAAAUGAAAGGUUUCAAAAAAUUUAGUUUACAAGAUCCUAAAGAGUUGGAGAGAAAGGAAGAAGUCAACGACCCAUCAUGUUUUUAACCUGCAGGAAACAGAAACUUCUCAUUGGCUGAUCUUAGUCAAAGGUGCAUUUUCUAAAGCACUAAAUAUCCUCAGUUAAGUAUAAGGUUUUUAAUACAGAAACAAAUGUGCAUGUAGAGUAUUUUGAAAUACCUGAGAUUUCCUAGUAAAAACUGUAGCCUUUUAAUACUGUAUAUGAAGUAUCAGAACUGCUUUGGAAGUAUUGUACUUACAGCCGUACAGUAACUUACUAUUUGUGGACAGUUUCUCUUGCUUGCAUAAUAAACAUUUAAUAAUUCACUGAAUUGAAAC